AUGACCUCUGAAUGCGCUGACUGGAGGCACACUCCUUCAAAGAAGCAGUUCGCAUCCUCUGCAGUCGCCAUGGGUUACGUUGACCUUGACAAACCGAAGGACGAACCACCUACCAUUCCUGCCUAUGAGGACUUCUCGGCAUCGUCAGAAGCUGGCACGAUCGACAGCGAUAAUGGAGUUAAGUGCCACGAUUUCAAGCGUAUGUUCCUCUCGAUGGGUCACUACAACAACCAUAUGCUGGGUUGCACGCCUGUUCCGUCGUCCAAGAAGGCCUACGAGGUGCUUCAGGCUGUAGCAUCAGAUAGCAGCAUACCGGCAAUCGUAAACCACAUGAGAAUCGGCUCACAGCAACGCCAGGCUCCUGCACCAGCACCCUCACCUCGAGCACAGCCUUCCUCGUCCACUUCGUCUGCUCCAACCAAUGAGUUUUCUACCUUCGUCUGCAACGCCAACAGUUGCAGUCGAUCUUUCAGGUCGGAGGCUGGCCUUAAGCAACAUAAAGUUGAUGCUCAUCGUGUGGGUGGUCAGGCACUGAACUUAACAGGUCGAGAUUCGUGGAUGCUCAGCAAUCGGGAGCGAGAGCGCUUGAGGCAAGAAGGUCAGUUGCAGCAGCUUUCCAUAUCGCCUCGCGGUCGCGGUGGUCAGCGAGGCCGUCCCGCCCCUCGCGGUGCUCGUACCGCUUCUCGUAGUGGUCUUUUUGCUUCUCAAAUGGCAUCUCCCCCACGCCGUACGACGCAGUCAGUAUCACCGCAGCUCCCUCCUUUCGCUCGUCCUAUGCCGACACAACCUUGCAUGCCAGUCCACAUGCCACCCCAACAGCAAGUCUCGAUGGUUACCAGUAUGAGCAUAGGCGGCGCUGCGGAUUUGGAUCAAGCCAAACAGAUACAGGCAAAGAUCCUGCGGCUUCUGAUCCAGGCCGACAUUUACAUCCAACAUGACGGAAAAAUGAACGUCUGUGGGAUUGAAUGGACUCGUAUCGGCAUCGCAAAGCAGGCUGAGGUGGUCUCCAUGUUAGAUACCAUGUGUCAUCUUCCGAAGAUCCUACAGGGCGAAUACGUACCGGCUCCAAAGGCUUUCAAGGACGAUUACAACGCCGAAUAUCCGUCUAGCGACUUUGAACCCUCUCCGAUCCGGAAUUCAGCGAAGCCUGGACUGGGUGCUGUCGCAGUCUCGUGUAGCAAAGUCGUGCUUGAGGGUGGCCGUCAAGAAAUUGUCAAGAUCGCAGCGGUCGACCUGAUCACCUGCCGCAUCCUCAUGAACCACCUUGUCUGUACAGAUGCACAUGCGGAGGUCUCGGACUGGUGCCCUACAGUUACCGGCUUGUUCAGCUGGAAAGACGUGGAAGCAGCUCGAAAAGCAGGAUACAAGGUCUUUAAAGGUUGGGCGGCAGCACGGGACGCACUACACAGAUUCGUCGACAAGGAGUCUAUCGUCGUCGGCCACAACCUGCGCUCAGAUCUCGAUUCACUGCGCAUGAUCCAUGGACGUGCCGUUGACAUCGCCAAGGUCAUCGAGAAGGCGGCUCAGGGUCCGCUCAGUAAGGCGCAGCUAGCCUUGGACAGUCUGUGCCGCGACUAUCCAGAAAUUGGUCUCAAGAGUGACCCAGAGUACGGCCGAGACAGUCUUAUGAACGCCUUUGCGGUGCGUGAGUUUGGACUGUGGGCGAUCAAGAACAAGGAGAGACUUGCGUCGAUUGCUAAGCAGAAGAGCAGGGACUACCAGAUCAUCAUGCCCAGAUCUGCUCUUGGAAGAGUCUGA